UUUUCACCGGAGCACCACAGCUGACUGCAGCAUCAGAGAUAGUGGACAGCAACUUCCCAAGUUACUUGGCACUUUGGCUGGCAAACCUUUGAAGUGAAUUGAAUUGUAUGAUGGGACCUCGGACAGUUGGUAAGGGCUACUUUUAUUAUGUGAAAAGUGUUGAUUUUAGGUUUACUGAAUUUGUUUUAGGUUUACUUGCUAUGGCUAAUGUAAUAUUGUGUCUCUUGUUAAAUCAUAAACAUUGGUGUUGUUCACCUUUAUGAGUGCUGUGAAUACAAUGGUAUCACAAGUGACUGUGGAACUGUUUUCAAUGGGCUCUUAUUGGGCUCUUAUUACAUUUUUUUAAAUGAUCACAUUUAUUCGUUUUUUUUUUUUUAGAUUGAGAUCAAUUUGAUUGAUGCCGAAUGAUAGAUCAGUCCAAUUAUAUUCAACCAUAAAUUAGAAGAGAUACAGAACAUAGAUGAAAGCAUUUUUGCAUUGAGUUUGACUGGGGGUGAAUUUGACAUUUAUUUGAUGUGCCAUCAUAAUAGUAUGCUGGUGAUUGUUAUGUAACUAAGUGUAGUAUCUAUAGCUACCUGGAUAGGCUGGUAGAUAAACAUUAGCUUGUCAGGAAGUGUUAUUAUGAUAUCAAUCAGGUCAGGGAGUGUUCAUCAGCACGUUGUGUGGCUAUAUUUGAUUAGCAGCAGACGCUUAGUUCUUUCAAAACACUCAGAUAUGACAUGGUAGGCAGUGGGUUAUGUGGUGUGUGUUAGUGUUCUACUGUAGAUACUACAGCACAGUAAACAGUUCUGAAACUGGAGUGUAUGUGUGUGAAAUCUCGGAAUGAAUAACAUGGUGGCUUCCUUUUGUUAUUAGUGCCUUUUCCUCUCGGUACACUUUGUCAAUCACUCUCAAUCAUACAACAUGCCAAUGUUCCCUCUGUGUGAUAUCUCUAUAUAUUAUUAUUCUCCUUCUCUUAGUCACUCCAUCCAAGGAAAGAAAGGUGGUGUCUCGGGGGCAUGAUAACAGUCGUAGUAGUGGCAACAGUGGGUAUUGUAACAGAGGUCCCAUUCUUACCCCUACCUCACCAGUGCUGUCAAACCCCAAAUCAGGUAAGAGUCUCUCUGGUCUUCACCUAAAGCUGUAUCAUGUCCUCUCUACUGUACAGAUUAAAUGUAAACACCAAUGUUCAUGAUUACACUGAGAACCUGCUAAUUAUGUGUUUGUUCCAUUGACAGUGCUGAAGAGACAAGUGAGUCCAGAGGAGCUGCAGAGACCAGGAGGUCCAUACAUAAAGAGGACGUUUACGGUACGUUUCCACAGUGUUAUCUCUUAUUCAUGCUAAAAGCAUGAAACUCAACCAAAUAUCAAUAAAACCUUUUUCAUGAGUACAUUAUAUUUGUGAUUUUACAGAGUAUUUUCUUUGUAAGUAAUGUGAUAAAUCUUUCUCCAGAUUGUUGGUGAUGCGGUGGGCUGGGGCUUUGUGGUCAGGGGGAGUAGGCCAUGUCACAUCCAGGCAGUGGACCCCAGUGGCCCUGCAGCAGCAGUAGGAGUGAAGGUGAGCACCAUGGCAUUGUGGAACAUGUAGUGCAAAGAGCCGCUCCAGUGUCUACAGAUUGAUAGCUUUGUCAAAUCAAUAUAUUUGUUAGAUGGGUAAUCAAUAAAUGUCUCCUCUGCUGUAUGCAGCUCUCAUAAAUUCUCUUCAGUACGUACAGUAUUUGACCAAAGUCUGUUUUCCAGGUGUGCCAGUUUGUGGUCUAUGUCAAUGGUCUGGACGUCCUGUCUCUGGACUACAAGAUGGUCAGCAACCUCAUCCUCACUGGACCGCGAACCGUGGUCAUGGAGGUUAUGGAGGAGUCUGAUUGUUGAGGACGAGGUUGUAUUGUAUUUGGUUACAGUCAACUUAAGGCCUCAGUAACCCAUUGGCUCUUGGAGGCGGAAAGCUUAGAGUAAGAAUGUGGACCAUUUCGGCCCAAAUAAAUCCAUAGAAACCUUAUGACCUUGAUAUGGAGCAAAUCUUAGCUACAUCUUCGACCUGAGACGGGGGUCACAGCAACAGUGACUCCACAGAAACCUGAUGAGCCCCAUUGUGAAGCCAUGUGUGCUUACAUCAUCAGUCUGAGACUCUGACCAGUGUUCCGUGGUUAACAUGGACCAAGUUUGUGUUUUUGUUCUCUCGCGGCGGUUUAGACUUUUGACCUGUGCGCCUACUCAUUGCCAUCCCCCUGCUGUUUGCUUUUCCAUCCACUCCCUCGUAUGCUCCAAUGGAGGGUUCCUUCCUAGAAAGACAAGUAUUUAGGGAGUUGUUGAUAAGUGAGGUGGCACAUACUGUAAACAACUCCACGCUUUCUGACGUGGCAGAGGUGUUUCUAAAUAGAAGUUGUUUUGUUGAAUUAGCUUUGCAUUUUGCUUUGAAUAUGUUUGGCAUUGAAUUCUUAAGUUUGGUAGCAGGAGCAAUUUAAACCUUGUAUUCAUAUUGGACUGAAAAUAGCACAAUACUGUCAAACUACAGACCACUUUCUAGCAGCAUAAAAAGGCUUGGAUGUCAUCUUGGUUUCUGAUUCCACUGCAAUGUUUUUGGAAACCCAUAAUACUGAUAAAAGUUCAAAUAAUCAAUCAGUAGUAGCCUAUCAACAUGUUAAUCUUGAAAAAACUAAUUAAUGUAUUAUGUCAAAUGGAAAUAGGUUAUUGCAGUGACAUUGUGCAUUUUGUAAAAUAUUUCAAGUGUAAUGCAUGAUUACAUGGUCCAACAUAAGGUAUGAAGGACCAAAAUCACUAAAGGAUUUGUACUUGUAUAUAGCCAUAUAGCCUGACCCUAUACAUUUUCCAUGAUCAACUGAUCUUUAGAGGGUAUUAGUGCAGCCAGGCCAGCAAAGAGUAUCUACAUUUGUGUUAGUGUUUGAUCAGUGUGUAAAUAUUCAAAUUAGCCAAUGAAUUAAUAAAAUAAAGUAAUUCAAUUCAAAAUAUUAGCAAAUGUGUAUUUGAAUGUAUCAAUGUUUAUGAUUUUAAAGCAAUUAUAUAAUUCAUCACGCAAAUAAUCAAUCUUAUAAUCUUUUUUUUUUUAAAGGAAUCACAUCUAAUGAAGCAAAUUAUUUUAGCAACAUCACUGGACAAAAUCAUAUUUUCAUCAAGAUUAUGGCUAGAAUUUUUACUCUGCUUCAAUCUAAUGGCAAUAAAGUGAGAGCAUUUAUUGAACCAUGGCAGGAACUUGAAACUGCAAUAAAAGUUGAAAUUACCUUGAAG